AUGAAUUUUUUCCCUGCUUCUGAGUUGACGAACAAAGGAAAAACCAUUGUCUUUGUCAUCUUCCCACUGUUCCUGCAGCAAGCGUAUUCAACUAAGGUCAACAAGUUUCCCGUCUUUAAUUUUGAUGAUGACCUCAAGUAUCAUUGUGUGAGCCCCAACACCACCAAGGCCACCCUCUAUGCUCUCAACGUAUGGAGAUACUGGUGCAUGACCAAAGGACUCAGAGAUUACAUGGACUUCACUAAGAUCCCAGCAGUGAAGCUGAAUGAACUCCUGGAAGACUUUUACAUCACCGUGAAGAAAACAAAUGGUUCCGACUUUCUAGGCACAUCCCUUCACGCUAUCCGAUGAGACCUGGACUGGAUCCUCAAGAAUGCCGGUGCUGGCUUCUCCAUCACUGGUAGCACCUUCAGCUCUUCCACCAGAAAGCUCAAGGAGAAGCUCAAGGGCUUGGGCAAGGCUGGCAUGUCUGGUGCCCGCUUUCACAACAUUGUCUACUCCCUUUCUGAUAAGGAAGAGAUGUGGAGGACUGGAUGCCCGGGAGAUGACAGCCCCGUAGCCCUGCUGUCCACGGUGGCAAAAUACAACAGCCAAUAUCUGAACAUGUGAACCUUCUUAACGUUUGGUGACAUUGAAUUGCUCGAAGACUCCCAGAACACUGCUUUUGCCAGAACAGAUAACAUGAAGCAAGAAAACAGGGUGAAGGUGAACAGAGCGUAUUAUGGCCAGAUCUACCACGAGCACUCAAAAGGGCACAGGCUCUGCCCAUACUCCCUUCUCUACAAGUACAUGUACAUACACCAGCCCCCGAGGCAGAUGGAGGCCAAGUCUCCCUUCUACCUGACAGCCCAGAAGGAGGUCAACAGCAUGGGGAACAUCUGGUACAAGGAGCAGAGGAUGGGGCUCUGCUCCCUCAGGGGUGUGGUCCCCAAGAUGGCAAAGAAAGUGAAGCUGGAGCACUGUGAAAAUUUUACUUUUGUCUCUUUCACUCAGGCUUCCAGAAAGUUUGUCCCUCUGAGCUCCUACCAGUAA